AUGCCCACGGGCCGUGCACGGUACCAUUCGUCAUACCUCUCCGAGGUCUCGGAUGAUGAGCCUCCUUUUCCGCCGCACAGGCCCGUCUUGGACGAAGGGGUCAAGAGACAGCUCAUGCCUGCCGUUGUGUACAAGGGCACCCUUGCUCAAGCCUAUCAAUCCGGCGUCAACGAUACGGUCGAACCUCUCCACGCUAUUUCCCACAUCGAGCGCCGACGAGCCACCCAGCCAAUCGGAGUCCUACCCUCAGCCACUAUCGACGACCUCCGCGAAGAGUACGACCAAGGACUUCUUGUCGACAAAGAAGUCCGCAAGCUCGUCGAGGCGCAAUCCGCGGCCAUCUCGGGACACCGCGUGCAAAGGGACCUCGACGGCGGGGACAUCACACGUCUGAACGAUGCUUUGAAGCAGUCCGCCUGGGGUCACGGUCAUACUGCCAAACAAUACGGCUUGCUCCUCGCCUCUUACAACACACUCGCCGCGUCGGUCAAUACAACGGACGGGAUGCCAUCGGGCAAGCGCCAGAAGCUGGCGGAUGAGACGCUCAAGGAGGAUUGUGCGUGGCUCAAGGCGGAUGCGAGGAUGUACGAGAAGCAACACGUGGUGGAUCAGGUGCAGGCGGAGGAGAUGAAGCAGCAGAUCGAGGGGCUGAAACUACAAGUGCGGGCUCAUCGCAAGGGGAAGGAGGAGUUGAGGGUCAAGCUGGAGGGGAAGGAAGACAGGGAGGCGGAGCUGCAGGAGAGGGUGAAAAAUCUAGAGGAGGCGUUGGCGGUGGCGCGCAAGCAGACGAAGGAGCAGAGGGAGGAGAAGGAUAGUAUUAUCAGGCAGCUCGGUCAGUAG